AUGGAUAUUGCUAAAGAUGUAGAGUUACUGCAAUCAUUACAUCUCCCUAACACUAGUGCAGUGAGGAUACGUACGUGGUGGAUAGCUUGGAAAUUCCUAGCUAAUGGUUUGAUUAAGCUUAAUAUAGAUGGUGCUUCAAAAUUUAAUCCUGGAGAGUCAGGUGGAAGGGCAAUUCUUCGAAAUUCUAUGGGCCAAUUGAUUCUAGCAUGUUCCCUUUAUUAUGGUAAUUGCACAAAUAUGGAGGCAGAAAUGCAACCUCUGUUGAGUGGUUUACAACUUUUGAAAGAUUAUGGUCUUCAAGUAUAUGAGUUGAUAAUUGAGUCAGGCUCAAAAUUGUUAGCUGACAUGGUCUCUUCUUUGCUGCAUCCAUCGCAGAGGACGCCAAACGAAAUUUCUCUAUGGUCUUCUUUCUACCUUAUGCUUUGUUCAUCGUACCAUAUCAAAUGUCUCCUAUUUCGAGAGAAGUCAAUUGCUUUAUUAGAUAAGAAGUGCUUCAUUUCAGCCGCCUUAUCAGCUACCCCUUCAUAUGCCCUUAUCAGAUCCAGCUCACAGCUUAAGGCUUACUCCUCCUCUCAGCAGGAUCCCCUCGGCUCACUACUCACAGCUCAGGCUACUGUUUCUCUCACAUUCAACUAUCAGCUCAGCAACACUCUCAGCUCACUCUCACACCUACCGUCAUUAUUGUAG